AUGAUUUUCGUUCCGCAGCGAUUUGACUUGGGUGAACGAGAGGAGGCGAAUCUUUUAGCAGAUAAGUACAAUCAGAACAUCUGGCCACGAGAAUACAUAGGUGAGGAGGUAGUACGUCGAUUCCGGUGCCAGGCUGCUAGCUUGCUAGUGCGACAAGCCGGCCGAGGAGAACACCCCUGUCGCGCCACACUGUUAAUGUCUACUAUGUGUUCUUCAGAAGCUAGGACGUACCCUAGAAGUCGUACCCCAGAUGCGCAUUGUCCUUGCCCGGGCAAUGUGGCAAAUAUACGAGGGCUACCGGCUAGAGGACGGAGCCGGCCAAAGAAGUUAGUCUGCCAUCGCCAGCAACAUCCAGUGCGCUUGGCAACACAUAACGUUGGGACGCUUACUGGAAGAAGUCGUGAACUGGCAGACAGUCUCAGAAAACGCCGUGUUGACAUAUGUUGUGUACAGGAGACUCGCUGGAAAGGCUCCAAGUCAAGGGAAUUAGGCGAUGGCUACAAGCUCAUCUUCAUCUACCACGGCACAUCAAAUCGCAAUGGCGUUGGUAUCAUAUUGAACGAGUCGUUUAGGAACAGCGUCACAGUGGUGGAUCGACUAUCGGAUCGCCUGAUGGCUGCAAAGGUAGACACGGGAGAAGUGGAAUUGCGAGUCGUCUCUGCUUAUGCGCCACAGGUGGGCUGUAGUGGAGAAGAGAAGGUGUGCUUUUGGGAAGAUCUGGAGCAGUACGUCCAAUCCCUGGAAGGCGAAGAAGUACUUCUAAUCGGAGGAGACUUCAACGGAUAUGUCGGUUCUCGGAAAGACGGGUUCGAGAGUUGUCAUGGUGGAUACGGUUAUGGAGCUCGUAACGACGACGGGUUGCGAAUCCUGGAGUAUGUUGUUGCAAGUGACAUGAUCAUUGCUAACACGCAGUAUCGGAAAAGAAAAUCGCACCUGAUCACGUACACCAGCGGCGGUCGUGAAACACAAAUAGAUUUCCGAAUGUUACGCCGACGAGAUCGUCGACUUCUGCAGAAUUCAAAAGUCAUCCCUACAGACCAUGUUGCUGCCCAACAUCAUCUGCUCGUUAUGGACUUGAAAAUCUCCCGUCCAAGGAAGAGACAUCCAAGGACUGAAACACAGCGCAUCAAAUGGUGGAAUCUGAAGGAUCGAAAGGAGCGUUAUACGCUUGACCGCGGAAAACACUCUGGGAAAGACUACUCUAGGCAAGCCCAAGGUACAAAGGCUACGUGGUUUUGGAACGAGGAAGUUCAGGCGGCAAUUCGUGAGAAGUCUAAGUAUAAGCUCUGGUGGAAGACACUCUCGAAGGCGAAGUUGGACCGCUACAAGGCUGUGUACGACAUGCUUGAUACCAGAGAAGGCGAGCGGGCAGUGUAUCGUCUAGUCAGAGCGCGUCAUCGCUCAACGUUGGAUAUGGAGCACACCAAGAUCGUUAAGGGAGCUGAUGGAGCCAUUUUGCGCCGCUCUGGUCAGAUCCUGGAGAGGUGGCGAGAGUACUACAAUCACUUGUGUAAAGAAGAGUUCUGUCAUCCUCCCAUCCCAACUGUUCCCAGCGUCGAGGAUCCUGUUCUACCAAUUACUGCCGUCGAAGUCAAUGCUGCCCUCGCAAAAAUGAAGUCGAACAAGGCAACCGGUCCUGAUGACAUACCUGCUGAUGUCUGGAAGCCUGUCUGGAAAGGGAAAGAAGACAUUGCUGACUGCACUUCGUACAGGCCUAUACGACUGCUGUGCCACACGAUGAAGGUUUUUGAGCGUGUCCUGGAAGCUCGUCUGAGGAAAAUUGCUGUCCGGAUCCUCCUGGAGAAACAUCGAGAGAAGAACCGCAGUGUGCAUCUUGCUUUUCUCGAUCUCAAGAAAGCUUUCGACCGUGUCCCACAUGAGCUGUUAUGGAUGUCCAUGAGGUCGCAUAGAGUACCAGAAGAACAUGUGGGGUGGGCGAAGUUGCUUUAUGCGAAGCCUGCCACCGUUGUACGAUGUGCUGGGUUCAUCCCUCUCACCCCUGCUGUUCAUACUGUGCAUGGACACGAUAACGAAGGAAAUCCAAAAGCAGCAUCUGUGGACUCUACUCUUUGCCGACGGUGUCAUGCUCACGUCGAAGUUUCGAGAUGA